AAAACCAUUUGAUUAGUCAACCAGAGAACUGUUUACUUGUAAACAGAAAAACUUUUUUAGAUUUUUGAGAACACAUAUUUUACAUCAUGUUUCGCAAGAUAACGAACUGUUUAUCAAAGAUAAAAAUGGAAAAGGAAUGUCAGAAAGUAAGAGAAGUGUGUGGAAAAAUUAAAACCAUAUACAAUAGGGAACAAAGAGCCACAUUUACUAAGAAUGUGUUAACAUGUGCAGACUGUGGAAAGCCACUGCUGCCAAAGCAGAAAACGAGAAAAAAAACAUGGUUUUUUAACAAAAAGAGAGAGAUAAUAGAAAUAACAACAAAAACUAGUGAGAAAACUCAGACUACUGAGUAUAAAGAAAAUAGGGAAUUAGAAAGUAGGGGAAAAAGGGCCACAUUUGCUAAGAAUGUGUAUACGCGCGCAAACUGGGAAAAGCCACUGCUGCAAAUGCAGAAAUGUAGCAUAAGAACAUGUUCCCUUAACAAAAAGAGAAAGACAAAAGAAAUAACAACGAAAUCGUAUGAGAAAACUCAGGAUGCGGAAAAAUCAGAAAACACUGAGACUACUGAGUAUAAAGAAAAUAGGGAAUUAGAAAGUAGGGAAAAAAGGGCCACAUUUGCUAAGAAUGUGUUUACUCGCGCAAACUGGGAAAAGCCACUGCUGCAAAUGCAGAAACUUAGCAUAAGAACAUGUUCCCUUAACAAAAAGAGAAAGACAAAAGAAAUAACAACGAAAUCGAAUGAGAAAACUCAGGAUGCGGAAAAAUCAGAAAGCACUGAGACUACUGAGUAUAAACCCCCACAAGUUGUUGAGAAAAGUGAAAACGUAGGGAAUACAGAAAGAUUUGAGCAAACCAAAAAAGAAAACACCGAAGAGACGGUGAAAAAAACUGAAGCGAAAAGAAAACGGGUGCAAUUUGCAGAGAAUCUGUGCACCUAUUAUUAUUACUCCAUACCAAUACAGAAUUCUGAGUAUGAAGAAAAACAGAACCGGGCCAGACUGGCCAGGCACCCUAGGCUACGUGGCUGGCUACGGUACUUGAAAUGUACGCGCAAGCGCAAAUUGGUAGAAACACACACUGAAGAGGAAAAAAAGCAGAUAGAAAACAUAGAAAGCAGUGAGGAAACUAAGGAUGAAGUCAACUCAGAAAGCAGUGAGAAUGAUGAGUAUGAGGAUUGCUUAGAAAACAUUGAGAAAAGUGAAGAGGAAAAGUGGAGAACUGAAAAGGAAAAUGCUGACGAGACUAUGAUAGAAACACACACUGAAGAGAAACCAAACCAGACACUAUUUGGAUGGAUUGUGUGUGCCUUUCAUGAGAUGUCCAAGCAAAUAGGCAUGAAGCUGAAUAUCUGCCAAAUAAAAAGUGAGAACCAUGAAGAAAUCAGAGAAAUCAGUGAGGAAACGGAGAAUGAAGUAUAUUCAUUUGGUGGAAGACUGCCUUCAUCUGAGUGAGGAAAUAUUUUACUGUGUGGAUCCUCUCUAUGUUUUACUAGUUUUUUUUGUAACUGCUUCAGAAGAAACUAGAGAAAGAUGAACAAGAAAGUGAGGAAGAAAACCCACAUCGUGGUGGGAAACUAAAGAAAGGAGAACACAAAGCAAUAAGCACUCUAGAAAGAAAAUGAAACGUGUUGCCUAUAAUCUGUGCAUCUAUUAUGUGACUGGAAUUGGAGGAGAAGGGACUGGAGGGCACCGGGCAAUUACAAGCUUCUUCAUGAAUAUUUGCUGAUACUCAAAUGAAAAAGGGAGCUUUUUGAGCUGCUUUGGGAGAAAUUCAUGAAAGAAUGAGUAAAAACUCACAAAGUGUGAGAAAAUAUAACAAGAGAAGUGUGUUGGUUUCACACAUAAGGGGUAACUGAAAAGGGCAGAAGCUGAGCAGAUAUUUGAGAUACUUUGGGCGAAUCUCAAGAAAGAUGAGGAAAACUCUUUAAAGUACUGAGAACAUAUAGAUAAAUGGGUAUGAGGGACUGGAGGGCCUGGGACAAUUAUGAGCUUCUUACAAUUUUAUAUUCUUAUUUGUGUGAAUUGUUUUCCUCUUUGUAACUUUUAUCUGUCUGUCUGAGAAUUAAAUAAAACAA